GUAGUCCUUGAAAACAAAAAAAGUAUCAAUGACUUUCAGGAAAACGUCAAAAUGGUUUUGUGAAAAAAAUCCAAGUUGUUCAAUUCAAUAAAAUUGUACAAAAAUGGACAGUAAUAAUGAUUCGUCGCACUGUAGAUUGUGCGCCGGAUUGAAGCCUAACAAGAAACUCAUUAAUAUACAUACCAACGAAGAUAAACGCCGAGAUAUAUCGGAAAAACUAAUCCGCUUGAACGCGACUGCUGAUUUGUAUAUUGAAACAUUACCCAAAACAAUAUGUUUAGUUUGUAUAAACGCUUUAGACCGAGCUUACGAGUUCAUUUGUGGAAUAGAGAAGGCGCAGGAGGUAUUGUAUGACCUAGCAACGGUGAAACUCAUAAAGAAAGAAGCGACGCUCUCUGACAACGAAAGCCUUGGAUUUGAUGCUAACGAUGAUGUAAAGUAUGAAGACUCUAUUGAGAUUAAAGAAGAACUGCCGAAGAAUGAGUGUGAUUCCGAUGGCGGACCUUCAAAUCUCAAGAAAUCCCGUCAAUUUCCGACAAAGAAACAAAAAAGAAAACCUAGAAAUUCGAUAAAUAUGAGCAACAGUCUGGAUGCACUGGAUGCAUUACCUUUGGCUCAGCUUAAACUGACGUGGAAGGACUACAGCUGGACUUGUGCCUUCUGCGAAACGCAAUUCCAGACCAUUGAGGAGCUAAAAACCCAUUCCAUAGAGUACCACAACUGUUGCAACGCUUACCGAUGUACAGAUUGUAAUAUACGCAAAUUGAGACUCGACAGUUUUAUGAUACAUGUAAAACGGCACAGAAAAUUCCUGAAACUAUCCUGUUACAAGUGUUUCCUAAAGUUUAAGAAGCCCCGUGAUGUGAAUACGCACAAAAAAUCUCAUGUAACCACUUCAAAUAUUUGUCCCGGCUGUAACACUUGUUUCCCAAGUGCCGAAGACCUGAAUCAGCACACUACUAUGUAUUACAAAGAUAGAAGAGCAAGACAAAUACCGUUGCUUGAUGCUGUUGACUGCCUAACAUGUUUGCUUUGCAAGAAAACGUUUAAAAACAAAGGAACAUUAAAUACCCAUCUUUUAACGCACACAGACAGAAAGCGAGACCACACUUGCGACAAAUGUGGGAAAUGCUUCUUCAAUAAACAGAAUCUAGCUGGUCAUAUGUUAUUGCACUCAGAAGUUCGACCAUAUCGGUGUGAAAUCUGCAAAUUCGCAUUCAAAACUCCACAGCAGCUACGUAAUCACGUUGGAGUGCAUGACGGACAAAAGCCCUUCUCAUGUGACCAGUGUGGACGAUGUUUCCGGUUGCAGAAACAGCUUUCGUCCCACAGAAUUAUACACACUGACUUACUUCCUUAUGUUUGCAGCUAUUGCAAUAAAGGCUUCCGUUUUAAGACGAUCUUAAACCAGCAUAUACGUCAACACACUGGUGUGAAGCCGUAUUCCUGUGAGAUAUGUCAGAGGGACUUUACGAACUGGCCAAACUAUAACAAGCACAUGAAACGACGGCAUGGCUUAGAAAUGGCUAAGAAAAAGCACACUCCAGAAGGAGUAUACCCUAUCAACCCAGUUACAGGUGAAAUUAUUGUUUACCAAGAGACGGAUAAGACGUUAGAGUGGAAGAAAAAGAUGAUGACGACGAGAAGACCAGGUCGUCCCAAGUUAAAUCCAACGGAAGAAACCGAUGUCAAUUUAGACUGUGAGGAAAAACCAGAAACUCGAACUGUAUUAGAUGUACAGGCACUAUAAUUUAUUAUUUUCUCGAAUACUAAUUGUAUAAAAUAUAAGAUUUUAUUUUAAUUUCGUACAUAAUGCUAUGUAUAAGGGUAUAUGUGGUCUGUUAAAGCAAUAAGACUUGUGUAUUUUUUCAUACAAGAUAAUUAUAUUAGAUUUGUUAUUAUAAUAGUUUAUGGAGUUUUGUUGAAUAUGUAUUUUCAAAUUAUAGAUGUUGUACGUUGGGUUAACCUUCCAGUAUUAAGGUGUCAGUUGGAAUACUAUAGCAAAAUGCGAC